AAACAGAAAGCUUCUCCUGGCCAGGCUGCGGGAUCCAUUCUCUCUCAAGUCAUCAACAGAGGGAGGUAUCAACAAGUAGGGGACACAGUAACUGUGAAGGCUGGUCAGCCAUUGGAUCUACGCUGUAAAGGGACAUCUGUCCGCUGGAAUUACCCAUACUACUUGCAAGAAGAUGAUGAGGGCCGGCUCAGAAUCAAACAUUUUGGUCGAUAUAGCCAGCUUCUGCUUAUGAAUUCCACUGGUGCGGAUACUGGCGAGUACAGCUGUGGGGGCUACCAGUGUGAGGGAGAUGGUUGCCAUGAUGGCGUGGAGAAGACAGGCAAAACAUUUGUAUUUGUAACAGAUCCCCAGGAACUCUUUGUACCAACAGAAGACUAUUACGUCAUUGUUCAGAUGCGCACAAGACAGCCAGCAGUGCUACCCUGCCAGGUGACCAACCCUCUCGCCAAGGUGACAUUACACCGAGAGUUCCCACCUGAGCAGAUACCCAUCGACGGGGCAAAGAUUGCUUUUGACAUCAAGAAAGGAUUUGUUAUUUACAAGCCUGAUCCGUCUCUCGCUGGUUCUCUGUACUGUAUUGCAGAGUCGGGCAACCUUCGCCAGAUGUCCACCAAAUACAUGCUGAUAUACGUACAUUACCCAUCAUCACCCCCUAAGCCUUCCAUAGAAGCAUCAAGGAGCUCAGUGAGAGCUGGAGAAAAUUUUAUUGUCACCUGCACUGUUUUAGGGGACCUGGAGAUUAGCGUGGACUUUACCUGGAAGUAUCCAGGGCAGCAGAUGGGAAGGCCUCCUUACGUACGAGAGAAUACAGAUCAGGUAAGAAGAGGAGGUCAACUCAUGCAGGAAUCAAAGAGUGUCCUGUAUGUGGAUGGGGCUAGACCGGUGGAUGAUGGGACCUACACUUGCACAGCCCAAAAUUUGCAGGGCAGCACAACUGUGACCACCAACGUUGCCAUCCUCCCAGCUGGAACUACUGCUCGAGCAAGACGUCAUGGUUAA